CAGUUAUGGUGUUCUUAGCAUUGAAGUUUUGCGCAGUGACUUGGUUUUGCAGGCACCUUCGACCAGUCUUCUCCUUCACAUGAACACAUUAAUGACACUGUGUGUGUAUGUAGGCACCACAAUCUUCUUCUCAUCGAAGCCAAGACAUCAGUUUCUUCUCCAUCCAUCGAGAACAAGGAACAUGAAGCAGAAGAUAGUGAUCAAAGUGCAGAUAAAGUGCGACAAAUGCCGCUCCAAAGCCAUGAAGCUCGUUGCCGCAACAGGGGUUGAUUCAGUCGGCGAUCGUCGGCGACGACAUCGAUCCUGCAAGGUGGAGAAAGUUGGCCAUCUGGUGAUCGUCGGCGACGACAUCGAUCCUGAGGACAAGGACCAUCUGGUGAUCGUCGGCGACGACAUCGAUCCUGCAAACUUAACAUGCAUCCUGAGGAAGAAAGUUGGCCAUGCAAAUAUACUCAAGGUGGAGAAAGCGAAGAAGAAACACAAGCUUGAGAGUGUGGUGCACUUGUAUCCCAAUUACCCACAGUGUUCUCAGGUGGUGUUGUAUGAUUAUGAAAGCUGCAGCUCCAACACAAAUGCAUGUUCCAUCAUAUAAACGAUGUGUCAUUGAGAUCCAAGCAUGUCUGCUUUGCUGGUUUGUCUAAUGUAAGAGUCUGCUGAGGACAUGAUGUUGUUUGUUCCCGUUAGUCUUUGUGAAGUUUUUUUCUUCUUUUAUUUGUUGUAAUGUCAUUUGCAUUUACAUGAAAGCUUUUCCAUUUA